AUGGGUUCCAACUCCUCAAAGUCCGAAUCGCUAGGGCCCGGUAACAAGCCAAAGUACCAACUGGAAGUGUACGAGGCACACAACCAGGGCAUCAACGUGAUGGCCCUCAGUGAGGAUGGUUCAAUUCUUAUUACGGCCGGUGACGAUAGAACCAUCAGGACCUGGUCAACUCAGGGUGGGAAUUGCGAUUGUUUGGCUACAUUGGAGGGGCAUGAGGAUAUCAUUUACUGUCUGGCUGUUGAUGAAAGACACAUCUGGAGCGGCGGAGCUGACAAGACAGUCCGUAAAUGGGACUUGGAAACCGGAAGAGCACUGGCAGUGUUCAGAGGACACAAGUCCAUCGUCAACAGACUCCUAUCUACAGGAGAUUUUGUCUUCAGUAGCUCAUACGACCGAUCUGCACGCUGCUGGGACGCCGACACAGGCGAAUGCAUCCGCGUUUUUGUGGGGCACAAGAGAGGGGUUUACCCCAUGGCAUUUGUCCCCGGCGAUGAUGACGACAACGACGAUAAAAACAACAUGAACAACAACAACAAUAGUGAUAAAAUUCCUGAAAACAAAGAUAUUUUAAUAACGGGAAGUGCGGAUCACACGGCCAUCAUUUGGUCAUUUGAGACCGGAAGGCCUGUCUUUGUGCUGAAGGAUCAUGCUGGGGCCGUUACAUGCGUGACUACUGAUAGUCAGGGUAAAAUCCUGUUAACUGGAUCGACUGACCACACGAUUCGUAGUUGGGAUAUCAGGCAGGGAACGAGGUUGCAUGUGUUUGAGGGCCAUCAAAGUUCUGUUGUCUGCUUAACGGUGGCCAACCGGAUGGCCUACAGCGGAAGUUCGGAUCACACGGCUCGCUCCUGGGUUAUCGAGUUUGGGGAUUGUGCCCGGGUCUAUAAGGGGCACGAACAUACGAUCAGCUGUCUAAAAUAUAAGGAUGGAUUGUUGUUCACUGGCAGCGGGGAUGGGACUGCCAUGUGUUUUGGAUCGAAGUCCGGAACACUCCUGAGAACUUUUAAGGGCCAUGAAGUGUCCGUCAAUGCUAUCCAAGUUAACGGCCGAUUGUAUACAGCAUCUUACGACAAAACGUUGAGGGCUUGGGACAUUUUCGGCCUGAAAGAACUCGUCAUCAUGAAGAAGGGCAACGUUUUCGAGACCGAUGACGUCACCACCAAUAAUAAUAAUAAUAAUAAUAAGGUUUUUAAUUUUUUUAGCGGUAACAAUCGUAAUAAUAGCAAUGAUAAUAAUAAUAACAAUAAUAUCACAAAAAGAGGCAUGGAUGAAUUCGAUGAUGAUUAUCAGUAA